AUGGUAUGGAUUGAAAUCGAAGAGGAGCAGGAGGAUUACUUCCCAUCUGAGGAGAAUCUCAUCCGCACCCUAUCUAUCCAAGAUGACGACAAGAUUGAGCAGUCCGGGAAACAUGAUCAUGAAUUGGACGAAGAUUCCGAAGCCGACGAUACGCGUAGUCAUCGUCCUACGACAAGCAUGGAGAAACGCAGAGCGCAGAACAGUAUCAUGAAAGCCUUUGCUACUAAUAUCAGUGCAGUCUUGACGCAGCGAGAGGUUGAAGAUGCAGCUACGAAAAGUGCCAAAGAAGAGCAGCUUUCGAUUCGUGAUAUUCUUGCCAAUCAAGAAACAGCAGUCCGUAUCACAAACCCGCGCGAUUACCAGACCGAGCUGUUCCAGAGAGCAAAGUCUGAGAACGUGAUCGCAGUACUAGAUACCGGUUCUGGGAAAACACAUAUCGCAACUCUUCUAUUGCGACAUGUCCUAGACAUGGAGCUUGACCACCGGGCGAGAGGUGGCAUUCCAAGGAUGGCCUUCUUUCUUGUCGACUCAGUCAACCUCGUUUUCCAACAAGCAAACGUCCUGCGCUGUGGUCUCGAUCAAAAUGUGGAAGGAAUAUGCGGUUCAAUGGGCGCGUCACUAUGGUCAAAGUCGACUUGGCAGAGCUACUUUGAUAAGAACAUGAUCAUAGUCUGUACGGCAGAAGUCCUUGUUCAGUGCAUGAUGCAUUCUUUCAUGACUAUGUCCCAGAUCAAUCUUCUCAUCUUCGACGAGGCUCACCACGCCAAAAGCAACCACCCUUAUGCCCGUCUUAUGAAGGACUAUUACCUCCAAGAGAUAGACGUCUCUCAACGACCCCGCAUUUUCGGCAUGACAGCCUCUCCCGUUGAUACGAAGGGGCUUUCGGCAGAUCAUAUCAAAGAGGCUGCCAGGAAUCUAGAGAAGCUGCUUCAUUCUAAGAUUGCCACCACUGCUGAGAGCACACUCGCCUCAAACAGCAUCAGUAGACCAGACGAAGAAGUCGCAAUGUAUCCCCGCUUGCAGGAAGAGUACGAAACGCCACUACAUCAAAAGAUCAGAGCCAGGUUUGGAGACAUAAGGGCCUUUGAUAAGUACUUUCUCGCAUCAAAACGUCACGGUAGAGAACUUGGACGCUGGGCUUCUGAUAUGUACUGGUCUUUCGUCUUUACCGAUGAGCAGAGUCGCAAAUUGGAGCAGCGGGAACGUCUUAAACAUUCCAAGAACCGGCCGGACGAAGUCAAGGAGUGGGACGCCAAAGUGAAGCGCUUGCAAGAGGCAGCUGAGUUUGUUCAACAAUUCAAUUUCGGCGCGUGCACUCUGAGUGACCAGGAUUUGAGCUCCAAAGUCCAGAAACUUUAUUACUGGCUCAACCUGUAUUACGAACGCAGCGACGAGGCUCGAUGCAUCGUCUUUGUUGAACAGCGACAGACAGCGCGGUUACUACAGCUCAUUUUCUCACAGAUUGGCGGUCCGCACCUCCGGUGUAGUGUACUGGUUGGUAUCAACACCAGUGAGCAUGAGCAAAACAUAUCUCUUCGCAAUCAAAUUCUCACCGUGGCCAAGUUCCGACGCGGAGAGCUGAAUUGUCUCUUUGCCACUUCUGUCGCUGAGGAAGGCCUUGACAUCCCCCAAUGCAACUUGGUCGUCAGAUUCGAUCUUUAUCGUACUAUGAUAGCAUAUGUACAGUCUCGUGGCCGCGCAAGGCAUCGAAAUUCGAAGUAUUUGCACAUGAUUGAAGAGGGCAAUCAUGAUCACCGUGAGCGAGUUAUGGAUGUCAAACUUGACGAGCAAGUCAUGAGGCGUUUCUGCAGAGAGCUUCCGCAAGAUCGUCACAUUGAUGAAUACGACAAUGACAGCAUGGAUCUUUUGACAUUUGAGGAUCAGUUGUACCCGAGCUUCAUCACCAAACUCGGUGCGAAGCUCUCAUUUCGUUCGAGUUUGGCUAUCCUCAAUCAUUUCGUCGCAACCCUGCCUGGACCCGACAGACAAACUAUGCUACAACCCACAUACGUGGUAUGUCCUGACCUCAACUAUGACGGUCUAGAUGCUCAGCGAAGAGGCUUCGUGUCGGAAGUGAUACUCCCAGAGCACUCACCGAUCAACACAAUCAUUGGUGAUGUGCAGAGUAAAAAGGCGAUCGCCAAGUGUUCUGCAGCAUACAAAGCAUGUCUAGAACUCUACAAAAAGGGUUACCUGGAUGACAACUUACUACCAACAACCAUCAGGCGAUUACCAGCUGGAAGGAAUGCCUUGCUAGCACUCGGUGAGAAGAAGAAGGGUAGGUAUUCCAUGCUCAUUAAACCAGAGUUUUGGCAAGCAGGAAGAGGCUUGGUCCCUGCCAGUCUCUUUCUCACGGUUGUUGAUCUUGAUGCUGGUCUCGACCGACCUCAUCAACCUCUGGGCUUCCUUACCCGGAACCAACUCCCGAGAUUGCCAGAAUUUCCAAUUUACCUUACGGAUGGUAGACCUUCCAACAUUGUUUCUCGGUCUUCUAUGGUAUCGCUUCCUGUUUCGGCAGAGGUACUGGAAAUAAUUACAGUGUUUACCUUGCGCAUAUACAAGGACAUAUACAACAAAGAGUUCGAAAAGAAUGCCCAGAACAUGUCUUACUGGGUCGUUCCAGUACAUUCGGAUCGAGUAUCUUCCCUAUCUUCCGUGACUACCUUCGACCAGAUCUUGGACAUGGAUCAAUUGCGCAGAGUUUUCCAUGAACCAACAUGGAGAUGGACGCCAGAUACUACACCCGAUGAUCUUAUGAACCGCUACUUUGUAGAUCCAGGAAAUGGAGGACGACGCUACUACUCCGAACGCUUUGCGCCUCACCUCAAGCCGCAAGAUCCUGUUCCCAAAGGCCUUUCUCGUCAAGGCCACAAAUUCAUGAGCAGUAUUCUAGACUAUAGCGAUAGCACAUGGACAAGGAACAGGAACAUCUUGAAAUGGAACCAGUCACAACCAGUUCUUCAAGCCGAAAGGAUCCCUUUACGUCGAAAUCAGCUUGCGCACAUCGAGGAUAAGGAAAAGGGAGAUUUCAGUAACCUCAAGAUAUACAUUUGUCCAGAGCCUUUCCAUAUAUCCAAUCUUGCGACACCAUUCGUAGUCAUGUGCUAUGUGUUACCGGCUAUUAUUCACCGCUUCGAAAGCUACCUUAUUGCAUUGGAAGCUUGUAGUGUCCUGGAGCUCAAAGUCAACCCAGCGCUUGCCUUGGAGGCUUUGACAAAGGAUUCUGAAAAUUCGGAAGAGCAUGAUGAAGAGAAGAUCAACUUCAAAAGUGGCAUGGGCCCGAAUUACGAACGGUAUGGAUAUGAGCUUCGCAUGAAUGGGUUCAAGCUAACACUGGGGCUUAGUUUGGAGUUCCUGGGCGAUUGCUUCUUGAAGAUGGCGACAUCUCUUUCCGUCUUUGUUCAACAACCAGACGAAAAUGAAUUUGAAUUUCAUGUUCGUCGCAUGGAGAUGCUGUGUAACAAAAACCUUAUGGAGACGGCGGUAGGAAACAAGAAAGUCGUUUCUCCAGAAGGCACGGAGAAAGACCUGCAACUGUACAAAUACAUUCGUACAGAAUCUUUCUCUCGUCGUACAUGGUAUCCUGAAGGCCUAAGACUACUCAAGGGCAAGGGUGCGAACAAAUCCCAAGACGACUGGCUUAAGCUUACACACAAUCUGGGAGACAAGAGCAUUGCCGACGUAUGUGAAGCUUUUAUCGGCGCAACCUUACAAGAGCAUUACACAGGUGAUCGAUGGAGACCCAAUGAUUGGGAUGAAGCAGUAAAGGCAGUAAAGCUCUUUGCCAACAGCCCAGACCACACUAUGUCAAAGUGGUCAGACUACUAUGAAGCCUACCAGAAGCCGAAGUAUCAGACUGCAGAGGCAAGUGCAGCGAUGCUGGACAUGGCUCGAAAGAUUGAGAUGAAGCAUCCUUAUCACUUCAAGUACCCUCGCCUCCUUCGAUCAGCAUUCGCACAUCCUUCAUAUCCAUACAUGUACGAGAAUAUACCCAACUACCAACGUCUUGAAUUUGCCGGGGACGCGCUCCUCGACAUGGCGUUCAUUACACACCUCUACUUCAAGUAUCCAGACAAGGACCCUCACUGGCUUACCGAACACAAGACACCAAUGGUAUCCAACAAGUUCCUCGGCGCCGUAUGCGUCAAGCUAGGCUGGCACGUCUACAUCAAGCAAAACACAGCCACGUUAACCAACCAGAUCCGCGACUACGUCCUGGAAGCCGAAGAAGCUGAGCGCGAAGCCGGCGGCGCAGUCGACUACUGGGUCACUAUCAGCGAGCCGCCCAAGUGCCUCGCCGACGUCAUCGAAGCCUACGUCGCCAGCAUCUUCGUCGACGCCGAAUUCGACUUUGGCGUCGUCCAGACCUUUUUCGAAAUGCACCUCAAACCCUUCUUCCUCGACAUGACGCUCGACUCUUACGAAAAAUUUGCAUCGAACCAUCCUACUACGCGUCUUAGUCGCCUGCUCACUAUCAAUUUCGGAUGUAUUGACUGGCGUAUGGGCGCUCUGGAAACGGAAACUGUUAUUCCUGGCAAGGGCAAGGCGAUUGCGGCCAUGGUCUUGAUUCACGGUAAAGUUCAUUUUUACUCGUUGGGUCAGAGUGGGAGGUAUGCGCGGGUUAGGGCUAGUCAGGCUGCGCUGGAGAAGUUGGAGGGUUUGCCACCGUUUCAGUUUCGUAACGCGUAUGGGUGCGAUUGUGUGGACGAAGAAGCGGAGGGAGAGGGUUCUCAAGCAAAGCAGGAACAGAUGAGGGAAGCGAUGGGGUUGAGCAUUUAG